UAUUGUCAAACGAAACAUUAAUAAUACAUUGCUCUUCAAAUAUGAUACGUCCCAUUACAGUAACGAAUGGAAUCGGUCGAUUCAUGUUACGCACAAACAUGGCAACAUCUUCAUCCACAGUUCCCACGGCAAGACGCUUGAUGCGUUACUCGUCAUCUCAUGAGCAAGCUGGAUCAGCACCCUCCGGCUCCACAUCGGUGUCUUCUUCGAAUUCCCCAGAAAAAGCUGGAAGACGAUUCAUUCAGACCAUCCCAAUUACAGGAAAGCCGACCAAUGAUUUCUAUGCCAGCUUGAACUACAACAUGUCCAAUAUCAAGUCUAAAAAUUCGGUCGAUACCACCAGUGCAUUACAAGGAUCCAAAUGGAACCCAUACAAGCUAAAUAAAGAUGAGCAGAAGGAAACGACGCCAUUGAGAAGGUCUCGGGCUUCACGGUUUAAGACCAAGGCCAUCAAGGGGUCGAUUCCUAAGGAUCUGAUGGCUACAUCCACUGCUGCCCCUUCACCGCAAGUCAUUCCCGAACCAAUUCUUAACGUCCCAGAGCCCACGAGAAGCCCAGAGCCAAUCAAACAAGAGCCUGUAGAGGCUACCAGUGCUACUCCCAUAAUCAGCGAAGAAAAGCCAAAGAAAAAAAGAAGAGUGUUGAAGCCUAGAAAAGCUAUCAUAACGCUAAGUGAGAACGCAGUCACCCAUUUAAAGGGGUUGAUGGAAAAACCUCAAGGAAAAUACAUUAGAGUUGGAGUCCAGAACAGAGGGUGUUCCGGGUUGACAUAUAACUUGGAAUACGUGAACGAAGCUGGAAAAUUCGAUGAAUUGGUGGAGCAAAAUGGAGUCAAAGUCUUUAUCGAUUCCAAAGCCCUUUUCUCAAUUGUCGGGUCCGAAAUGGAUUGGUUGGAAGAUAAGUUAUCGUCCAGAUUCAUUUUCAAGAACCCCAACUCCAAAGGUACUUGUGGUUGUGGUGAAUCCUUCAUGGUCUAACAAACAACAUCCUACAAAUUUUAGCAUUUAUUCCAUGAGUCAUUCACAUCCUCACUAUUAUUUAUUACAUCUAUACUAUUUCUGCUUAUGACAAAUAGAAACUCACGAUUUACUCAUAUAUUUACAAUACACUAGCAUUAGUACA